AUGUCGCAAGAGCGACUCGACGGUCUCAAAGCAAAGAUCUUGCAAAGCAGAGCUCUCAACGGACCAGACGAAUCAGUACGCGAUCUACAGAACAUGACUAUGAAGUGUGUUCAAGACAUCAAAGAACGGCUCGCCUUAAUCACAGAAAGACGCAAGCAAAGGAACAUGGAAAACAACCAAAAGAACUCCGACUUUGCGGCUGCACUGGCAGAAAGAAAUGAAGUCAAAGAAAGUGAAAACACGACGAAGAGAGGGCAAAAGAUCCAUAGGACGAGGAUAGAGUUGUGGAGGGAUGAGGUCAAGCAACACUCGUUGGUUGAGAAGAAGACAACAUCGUGUGGUAUGCCACAGCAACAACAAUCGACACGCCCAUCUUUGGCAAAGAGACCUCAUGAUGUUGAAAGCUCUUCUCUUGAGCAACCUGCUACAGCAACACCAGCCAACAAACGUAUCAAGACAUCCAUCCCCUGGCUCAGCACUCGCGCCUCUAUGGCCGAUGAAGAUGUCUUUGCAGACAACGAUCGCUUUGUCUCAAAUCACGAAAUCCAAUUGAACAACACCAAGAACGCCGACAACGACCAUGAUGAACACGACGACCACGAUGAAUAUGACGACCAUGACAACCACGAUGAUGCAGACGAAGAUAUCGACGAAGACGAAGAUGCAGACUCCGAAGGAUCUUACGAAUCCUAUCUGACAGAGUUGGAGCAGAUGUUGACCAGAGAAAUGGCAAUGGUGACUGUGAUGGCACUCAUGCUACCUGCAAUGAUUAAAAAGCCAGAAGUACUCCGCUCAGGCCUCAAGGAGGGUGGUUUGCUCUAG